GUAUGUAUGUAUGUAGGGAGGUAGGGACUAGGUACAUGUGUAUCUAUGGAAUGAGAAAGAGAAAAUGACGGAAAAAAAACAAGAAAAAAGACUGAUAAACAGAGGAAGGUGAGUGGGGCAGCAUCAGUAGAUAAACUUUUUGUUGAAUUUGAUUUUUACUCAGAAAAAUCAGUCUUUGGUUGUCAUUUUAUCUAUUUUUGUGUUGUUUGUAAUCACCUUUAUAUCUAUUUACUUAUCUGUUUCUCUCUCUGUGUCUGUCUGUCUGUCUGUCUGUCUGUCUCUGUCUUUGUCUCUCUCUCUCUCUCUCUCUCUCUCUCCGUACCACUUUUAUCUUUGAAUUCUUCACUUUAAAGGUGUAAUUCCUGUCUAAUGCAACGCAAUGACAUCCCCAACUGGAGUAGAUUAUAUCUAAAAACAAACAAAAUUGCUUAAAUAACACACACACGAACACACGCACACACACACGCACACACACACACACACACACACACACACACACACGCACGCACGCACACAUACGCAUGCCACCAAGAAAGUCGGAAGAAUUUUGUGGAUAAAAAGGUUUCGUAGCAUCACCUAUAAUGCAGCGCCCAUGUUGCAGCUUCCAUGAUGCAAGAGCUGAAUAAUCAUCGUAUGAAAUGCUACUUCUUUCAACCCAAAGCCUUUUUUCACGGAAAUGUAUCAUUAUUGUGGAACCUCAGAGUGUGAUGUUGCAAUUUGUUACAUACACGUUGUAUCAUAUUAUUAAAACAUGCGACAAAAUUGUAUGUUGAUAGUUAAAUUAUUAAGAAAAAAGAAAUAUAUAUACAUAUAUAAAACACUAUAUGAAAACCAAGACAAAAUUUCAAUGAAGAAUAUCAAUGGAAUCCUUAAUUACUUUGGGUUAAUAAUGAAUCGUAUAUUCCUUCGAAUAUCCUAUAUAUCCCUUGUAAUUAUAUUAUGUCUACUUUACCAUACAUGGUUCAGAUUGUAUUUACCUCUCGUCAAAACUGAGAAUAUGUUAAGUUUUAUAAGCAACAAGAACAAACAUGAGAAAAAAUUAGAAAACACAUCAAAAGACGCGCUUGCAAAUGAACCUGAUAGAUAUCUUAUUGAUACAAUUGGUUGUAAAAUACUAGCAAUUGAUAUACCUGAAACUAAUUUUAACAUUAAUCGUUCCUCAGUAGUAUGCCCUGGUCCACCAAGGUUAACAAAAGUCGUUGGUACAAUUUUGUACGUGGACCAAUCAAUUAAAGCAGCUUAUUACUCGAACAAAAUUAAACGCUGUCAGAAGUGGAGUAUUAAACGAGGUAACAGCGAUAAUGAUAUUGUCUUUGGAAAACCGACUACCUUUCAUAACCAAACUAAAAUUGAUGCAGAGUUCAGUGUGAUAAAAUGUGUAGGAUUUAAUAAUUCCGUCUUAUAUACAGAUUUCCACAGUCGUAUCAUUGAUAAAGAACAUGUUCGGAAGAAGUUGAAGUCCCAGUCUGGUAAAAGAGCUGAAGAUAUUCCACUUAGUGUUCUUCUUAUUGGAAUUGAUUCAACGUCUCGCAAUAGCUUCUCUAGACAAAUGCCUCGUUUAAAGAAGUACCUUCUAGAAACACUAAAAGCUUAUUCAUUUCCUGGAUUAACAAGAGUUGGUGUGAAUACUCUACCAAAUAUAAUACCGUUAUUAACAGGAAAACUUUUGAACGAAAGUAAAUAUCGCCAAGGUAUGCCUUUUGACUCAGUAGAUUUUAUAUGGAAAAACUAUAGUUCCAAAAAUGCUAUAACACUUUUGGUAGAGGACCGUCCGAGAACUGGAGCCUUUAAUUUUUACCGCCGAAACCAAAAUCGUCUUGUGACGAUUUUCGAUGUUUAUGCCACGCUUUCUGAAAAUCUGAACAGAGGGAAACAAACUCGAAUGAUGAUGAGUAACAGAAGCAUCAGUCUUAUGUCACCAAUACCAAGUAACAGAACAUGUAAAGAAGCAGAAAUACCUGCGCAAUUCUGUGAGUGUUUCUCAGCAAGAAAGCAAGUAAGUGUUGAAAAUGUGAACGUGACCCAAGCAGCCAACGCUGUUGUGAAAUCACUGAAUAAACGUUUAGAAAAAGGAAAAGCGAAAAAAUGCGCAAAACUGAAAUUGAAAAAGAUAAUACGUGCUUUUAAAUAUAGAAGUACAUACUCUGUAACGUUAAAGGUGUCACCAAGUGAAGGAAUUUUCCAGUCUUUGGGAGAAUACCGUGGUAAAAUCUUUCGACCGUUUGGAGAAAUAUUACGAAUCAACAUAUAUGGUAACCAAUCUCAUUGCGUCAACACUCCUAACCUGAAACCGUUUUGUUUUUGUGUGUGAACCGCUGGUUUCUAUUUAAUUGUCUUUUGUACACUCGUAUAUGUAACUUAGGAAAUGUUUCCAAGAUAUUUUCCAGCAUUAUACUCAUUCAUCUAAAUAGCAUAACAUAAUUACAGACAGACACUCUUCUAUUAACAACAGCCAGGAUUGGUAAAUAAACUAUUGUAUUCAUGAAACGGGUGUCAUAGUUGAGCGGUGCACUUUAAGAAUAGACCUCACAAACUCAUAGAGAAAGAAAAGAGCACGAAUUCGUUGAUAGUUUCUUUCUGAGAAAUAAUCUUUUGUUCAAAGUAUUUAAUUCUCUACAUUUAUAUUCAUGAGCCUUUUCUAGUGAAUUUUUAUUAGUAUUUUUCUAAAUAAGGUCGUGAUAACUAUUCCUAAUGUCCGCCACUCAGCUAUUUUGCACCCGUCUCAUGAGUGUGUUAGAUUAUUCAAAUAAAAAAAAUUGGCUUUCAUUAAUGGGAAAGAGCUUAAUUAUAUUUAUGCGAUUUUAUUAAAUAAACCAAUCAGUUGGAAUUUUAUUAAAUAAACCAGUCAAGUGGAAUAGAAACUCUGAUAUCUUUUUGAUAUCUUCUGAUAUCUACUGUAAUACUCCAUGGCAGAAGCUGUUUGAAAAUAAAUUAUAUUGCAUUUCCUUUCAA